AUGCGUUCACCACACUCUUUUUUCAAUGUUCUGGUAGUGGGGGUUGUGCUCAGCUUGGCUGCUGUCGCCUCAGCACUUGGGUCAUCGUGCAGGUAUCCUUUGGGUGCAGGGACUGCUGGUGCCAAUGACGCGUUUUGGCUGGAGGAUAUCAAACACCAAGGGACCGCUCCUUUCCAUCCUAAUGCAGCUAGUUACGAGGUCUUUCGGAACGUCAAGGUAUGGAGCAAUCUUUCGUUGUCAUGGGUGACCGACGCGAGCCUGUUCGAACAGGACUUUGGAGCUGUUGGAGAUGGGGUGGCGGACGAUACUCUAGCUAUCAAUGCUGCGAUUACGGGUAGCGGACGCUGCGGCGGAGGUAGUUGUCCUUCAUCGACCAUUUCGCCUGCUAUUGUCUAUUUUCCCAAAGGAACAUACCUCGUAUCCAGCCCAAUCAUAGCUUAUUACUACACUCAAUUAAUCGGCGACGCUAAAAAUCUCCCAACCUUACUCGCCGCGGCCAACUUCACUGGAAUUGCUGUCAUUGAUGCUGAUCCAUACAUUCCCGGUGGCAACGGUGCCCAGUACUACAUCAACCAAAAUAACUUUUUCCGUUCCGUCAGAAACUUUGUCAUUGAUCUUCGAAGAGUUCCUGUUACUCAAUCAGCAACUGGGUUCCAUUGGCAAGUUUCUCAAGCGACUUCGCUGAUGAAUAUCGUCGUUGAGAUGUCGACCGAUCCUGAUACUGACCAUCAAGGGAUGUUUAUGGAGAAUGGAAGCGGUGGUUUUAUGGGUGACCUUGUCUUCAAUGGAGGGAAAUACGGCAUUUUUGUUGGAAAUCAACAGUUCACAGUCCGAAACAUAACCGUCAAUAACGCAAAAACUUGCGUCUUUCAAUCAUGGAAUUGGGCUUGGACUUAUCAGGAUAUAACGUUCAACAACUGCCAAGUUGGAUUUGACGUAGUGACGGAUAGCCAAACUGCCUCACUAGCCAUCAUAGACGCCGUCGUUACGAACACGCCCAUCUUCCUGCGUACCUCAAACCCCAGUAACGGCACACUUGCAGCAGCCUCGCUGGUACUUAACAAUGUGAAGCUGCAAAACGUUUCGGUUGCCGUUGGUGUCGUUGGGGGUGCCGUUGUUCUUCCGGGGGGGUCUAUCACGAUCGAAUCAUGGGCCCAAGGAAACGUUUACAAGGGGACGAACCCCGCUGGCGUGUUUACCCAGGGAAACAUACCAGCUCCGAAGAAAGCCCCCCAACUUCUCGACAGUCGUGGUCACAUUGUUGGUCGUACACAUCCCCAGUAUGCAGAUUAUGCCGUCAGCCAGUUCGUGAGCGUCAAGGAUAAUGGGGCUAAAGGUGAUGGCGUUACUGAUGAUACUCAAGCUAUCAAAGCCAUUUUCGCCAAAUUUUCUGGCUGCAAAAUUAUCUUCUUCGAUGCUGGUGUCUAUGUCGUGACCUCAACCAUUACGAUACCCGCGGGUACUCGCAUUGUAGGCGAAGCCUGGACUACCCUCAUGGGGAAGGGCUCAGCCUUCCAAAAUCAAUAUCAGCCCCAACCGAUGUUCAGAGUCGGAGAGGUAGGCUCUCAAGGCAUCCUAGAGAUUACCGACAUUCUCUUCACCACAAGUGGAUCAAACCCAGGUGCUAUUGUUGUCGAGUGGAAUGUGAGGGAACCAGAUAACGCUCAGGCCGGUGCUGGAAUGUGGGAUUCUCAUAUCAGGGUCGGUGGUGCUGUCGGCACAAACCUCGAGGUAGCACAAUGCCCCAGCAGCGGUGCUGGUGGUAUUAACAACUGUUUCUCUGAUUUCUUGAGUCUCCAUCUCACUCCUUUAUCAACGGCGUAUCUUGAGGGAACUUGGGUCUGGGUGGCUGAUCACGACCUUGACAGUAACGGCCUCUCGCAAUUGAAUAUCUACUCCGGUCGAGGCAUUCUUUCCGAGUCUUUGGGACCUGUGUGGAUGAUUGGCACUGCUUCGGAGCAUCACACUCUCUACCAGUACAACGUCGUGAACGCCAAUGCCCAUUACAUAGGCUUUCUUCAAACCGAAACUCCCUACUACCAACCCACCCCUGCGCCUCCCGCGCCGUUCAGCGUGAACCCUCUGUUCAAGGACCCAACCUUUAGCCCCACCAAUCCUGCUGCCUGGGCCCUCAACGUGUGUAACAGUCGAGACAUUCUUUUGUUCGGCGCUGGACUCUACAGCUUCUUCCAGGACUACAAUCAAGCAUGCAUCGCAUCGGCUACCUGUCAAUCCCAGAUUCUCAACAUCGACUCGGCGUCCACAAUCAACGUCUACGGUUUGGCAACUGUGGCGACGACGUACCAAGUGAGCGUUGAUCAGGUUGGGAUCGUCAACCAGGCGAACAAUACCAACGGCUUCUCGUCAACCGUUACCUCAUGGAGUGGAAAUAGGUUCAGUCCGGCUUCUGCACAUGUCAGGUCGCAAAAGGUUUAUUAUUAA